GAUGCCCAUUCUGACUAUUUACCUUGUGUUUCUCUGUUGGGUCUUUGCGAGACGUGUUUCUGGGGGUAAGUGUAAAGCUUGGUGCAUGCCUGAAGCAUUUACCCUUUAUUUUUACAUUAAUUUUACAAGGCCUUACAUGUAUUGUAUGCAUUCCAACAUUUUGGACAAGAAUAAACUUAAGACUAUCGUGCGCGUCUAGCAUAAGUCAUGACUUUCGACCAAAAAAAUCAAAUCAAAUCAAAUCAAUUUUAUUUAAGCUCGAUAGCGUGAGGAGUGGUUGCCCAAUCUCCCGAGCCAGGGGCUCAUGUAUUAAACGCUCGAGCAUUCCAGAUCGAAUUGGAAUUUAGAAAUGUUGGUUUUUGCGGAGAGGGGAAAACCGGAGUACCGGGAGAAAAACCUCUCGGAGCAGAGAAGAGAACCAACAACAAACUCAACCCACAUAUGACGUCGAGUCCGCGAAUCGAACCCGGGCCACACUGGUGGAAGGCGAGUGCUCUCACCACUGCGCCAUCCCUGCUCCCCGACCAUCCACACGCGCACAAUUUUCACUUAAGAUAUCCACAUGUGUCGUAUGACUGUCGUGUGUAUAAUUUACCCAACACGAUCUGUCGUGAAGUCAUGACGUAUGCUAGUCUUUAGACCUUCCCGUGCAAAAUGUUUCAAGUUCUAACACAGGCUGGUGAAAGAUUUGUCAUCUUCCCUGCUUUACAGUCGAACUCCCCCCCGGAGGGAGUACCCUCGGGGGGGCUACUUUCUUAUAAGAGGCUAAUGGCGAUGUGCCGCUGGAUGGGGUCGCAUUUUCACGACUGGAUUGACAAUAAUGGGGUAGCAUUUUCAAGAGAGUUACUAGAAUGGGGUCGCACAUUUUCUGAUUUGUGGGGUAAGACAGUUCUCCUUAUUUACGGUUAGCAAACGUACCAGAAUGUUUGUACUGUAGAUGAAAAGUAAAUUGUUCUUCAUUCAAUCUAAAAAAUGGGUCAAUUCAUAAAAAUGGUAAGUGACUAAGUUGGGGUCGCGAAAAUUACACAUUUUCCCAAAAGUGACAAAGAUGGGGUCUAUAAUUGGCCACAUAAUAGACUAUAAUGGGGUAGGGGCUCUGAGAGGCCAGCGGCACAUACCGGCUUAGCAAAAAUUAACCCAAUUAACCCAAGUACCCCCCUCCCCCAGGGCGCUAAAUCCGGACACCUCGUUAUUACGGACAGUUGCCUUUGUCCCUGGGGAAAAUUUUUAAUAUAUUUUCUCUAAAUACAGUUUUCUCGGACGCUGAAAGACAGUCAAUUAUCAACUCCGGAUUUUAAGAUAAAAAAAAAACCCCUUCAUUUGACAGCAUGUAAAUGUUCCCAGUGCUGCGGUACACCUGAUAGGAUGAAUUUCCGAUUCUUCAACAAGUGAUACGAAUGUUUCCUUUUUUAAAACAUGCUUCGAUAUCCUUUCAAGCGGAUAAAAAAGAACUUCAUUUUUUAAAAAAUUAUAAAACAAUUAAUGAAUGAGGCGAUUAUCGUAAAAGAAUUAUCUUCGACAGUGCACGUUUAGGGAUUGUUCAGAAUAGAAAAAAAAAAAACACAACUGUAAAAUAUUCUUUAUCUUCAAAUUGGCAAAUAAAUGGCAUAUGUCGCUCUUCGAAUUGUCCUUCUUGCUGUUCUUGCCGGACUUGCCAUGUUUUUAGCUAUUAUUUCUCCUAGUUCUUACUCUUGAAACAAGUGAAAUGUCCGCCAUUUUUGUUUUCACAACCAAAACAACUCAACCUCGUCCCCAGGUCUUCUCGGUUAACGGUGCAUUAACCUGCAAGAAAGCUGCACUUUUGUCGUCAUCGGUUCAUUUAUUGCUAAAGUCUUCCACAUCUGGUCAUCAGUAGCUGGUUAUGGUGAAUUAUGCGUGUGCUUUUAGCCAAUCAAAAUCGGGGAAAUAUUUUGAAUUUAAAUUGUAAAUAAUAAAUACAGAUAAUAAACUUGGGUACCAUGAUCCUCAGUUUACAUCCUAGUGAUAGACUUUUUACUUCUCUUUCAUUUUUUAGAAUCUACUGACCUUAACUGCAAGCAGUACAACACAUGCACAGAUUGCAUCGUUAGCAGUCCGGAGUGCACAUGGUGCGAGGAUAUUGUAAGUUUGGAUUUUUUACUUUCCUUUCUUUAUGGACAAAAGGCCGGAUAAGUAUAAAAAAUCGAAGAAAUUAAGUGUGUCAAUUUUUCAAGCUCGUUAGUCGUGUUUUUCAAAAAAAAUAUCCCUGAAAACAGAACUUUCAGUUUCAAGAAUGCUGAAAAAACCUUGAAAACUAUAAACAUGGAAGAUGAGGCAUAGCCGGGUUCUUCUGACCUUUAGCGCUUGCUAACGAGGCAACUCAACUAGAGAGAUUUAGAAUCAAAAUGCAACAUUAACGUUAAUUUGCACCAACUGGGUACGUUUUCCCUUUUUCAGUUGUUUACUACAUGUAUUCCGUUAUCUAUACACUACAAAAUAUUACAGUUGAAAGGUAGUUUCUUAGUAGGUUCUUUCAGUGGCAUACUAAUCAUUGUGGUCAAUUUCUUCUCAUUUCCUAAUUUGAGAUAUUAAAUCGGACGUAUGUCGUUUUCCCUAUAAUGCGAUUCUAAAUAAGUGCACCAGAGGACUUUCCUUUGAACCUUGCAUGACAAAUAAGGACUUGUUAUUGAUAUUGGAGACCUUCAAGGAACGGCUACGAGGACGAGAUUUGACUAUUGAAAGGGUUUUUUGCGCACUUUACAAAAAUAGACACCCUGGAAUGCUUCAUUGUAGUUUUUUUCACCAGAAAAGUUAGCACUGUUAUCUUUUUUGGAUGAGGGAAAGCCCUCUCCCGGUCGCAUAGUGAUUAAACCUCCAUCAACCUUUGAUAAGAGACUGGUCAAAAAGUAUAGGGGGGUGGGGGUGGGCCAGAGCAUUUGGAAAUAUGGUUGAUAAAAAACACAUGACCUACCCCCUCCCUUCGGCACAAAAAUGACUGACCCACCCCUAAAGCAAGGUUGGAAAUUGCAUGACCCACCCCCUAGUUAAAACAUGGAUGUUCGGUUUCCUCUUAAUAAUCCAAUAAAACCUUGUUCUGUGCUUGACAAAAUUUGUUGAUACACCAAGAAAUAUCAAAAUCACAGAAAUCAUACCUUUCACUAAAAAGACGAAUGUGAAAAACCGAACAUUUCUUGUUUCAAUGGACGUUAUGAGUCUUGACACAAAUAUACACCAAAACGAGGGUAUAUUGAAAUUAUCUGUCACAAAGCACGAGUACGACAUCCGCGCUAAGACUCCUACUAGAAUGACGACGGCUAUCACGUUUUCCCACCAAAAUAUGGACUUUAAGAUCCAACGAGAACGUCGCUUAGAAAGUGAAUUUGCGUUCCUUCAGUCCGAUUACGGGCUACCCAUUUACUUUGUCAAAUGUGGGCGAACCCUCCUGAAGCUGAAUUUCAAGGGACCAUAGCCAAGCUCAGAAAGAGAAAUAAAAUUUCGUCGUUGCUUGUUUACGCUCUCCAGUCCAUAAAACGCAAAAUUAGGCAUUUUCACUUCAUAGUCGUGCAAAAACAGGAAAGAAAUGUACCAAAAAGCGUGAUGAACGUGCGAAGUUGUUGUUUUGCUUAUUGACCCGAUUGCUUUUUUGACGUUCUCGUUGCCGUCCGCGUCGUUAGAUCUUAAAGUCCCUAAUGACGCUGGUUCACGUACGAGAGAAAAUCUCGUACUCUUAGUCAUCCUCUUCUUCUAAUGGUCUGGAAUUAUCAGAACUCUAACUGUGAUUUUUAUUCUUAUGACUUAUUAAGGAUUACCAUAUACUUGGUCAACCCAGAAGCAGGUGCGACAUGGAAGUAAAUCACCAACAAAACAAAUGCAAAAAGAUCUCCAAUCCAAAAUCAGGAUUUACUGUUCAUUUGGUAAGUGGAUUACGAUUUUAACUUGAUUGAGGAAAAAUUUCCUACGGGUAGCGAACACUGGGUUUAGUGUUUAGAGUGAAAUGUGUUGCACUGAUGAACAAGUUAGGGGAAUUUUUUUGUAGUGUUUGAGUUCUGGAAAUACACUGCCUGAUAGUAUUUUGCGUUCACCCACACCACGAUAAGCCUACUCUACAUUGUUCAUACACCAAGCAUGCAACCCAACAAAGCCAGGAAACGCCAAAUAAAAAGAUUAAAACCCUGCCAAAGAAUGUUUUUUACAGGUAGUUACAAACUCAGUUGACCUGACUAUUCAUUGAAGUAUGUGAGUAUUCAUGGAAGUAUUUGAAACUUUUCCCCACAAGAGUAUUUGAAGUAUUUGGAAGUAUAUGAAACUUAAAAGCUAGCCUAGCUAAAGACGCGAUGGAUACAUAUUCUCAUACUCAUUUCCUUAAAUGACACAGCUUCGUAAGUCAUUAAUCUAGUAAUUUUACUAUGCAUUAAGCAGUUUUGCUGAUCGUGACGGUUAACGCCUUCUUUUCAGAAAAAGGAUCCAGACGGUGAUGCUAUAGUCUCACCGCAAAAUCUCACUCUGCAGCUUCGACCGGGUAUUAUUAUUUUUAUUAUCAUUUUGCCACAUUUGAAUGAAAUACAUUCACAAAAUUCAAAUGGAUGAGGCAAGGGAGCCCAUGGAAGCCAGUAAGGCUGAUGAAAAUGGCCACCUUUAAAAAUAUAUGAUAUAACCAUAGAAAUAAAUAGUAAGAAAGAUUGCGAACAUGGAUUUACAAGUCGUCUUAUUACUCGCUUUGCUUGGAAAUAUAGCGGUUCGACAGCUUCGUUUGAACAGCGCAAAAAUAUUCAACGGUUCCGUGUGAACAAAGUUUCUGCAGUAAUCAAAAUUUUUAACCGGUCGAAAAUUCGACCGCUACCGAGUGAACCUAGCCAUUGUAUAAUUUGACACGACGCCGACCCAUUAUCAAGUAGCAAACAUAAACAAAUUACAAGGGGUAAAUCUUUUAUAACGAGGUUCAAUUUUGUGAAUGAUGAACGUUUCAUUUUUACAGGACAACAGACAACCAUUACUGUCAACGUUCUCACCCCGACUGACUUUCCAGUUGAUUUGUAUUACCUUACUGAUGUGUCCCGAUCCAUUGAAAAGGAAUCCAUCAAGAGGCUUGGCCAGUUGCUAGGUAACUGAUCGGGCACUGUAGGCAAAUUUAACAAACAGGAUCCGGGAAGGGGUCAAUGGAUGUUUACAAACAAAUGUCCCUCAUUGACUGCAGAAGAAAUAUUAACUACCACCUUUAGGAGACAACAAACAACACAAAUUUGAAAAGUGGGUUAGGGGGAGGGGGAUCCAGAUUGUUUUGUUCCCAGAAGUAUACCCUGUAAUUCCGACGGAAACGGUCCUCGUUUACUUGCGGAUUAAUAGCAGGCAAAAGGCGCUGCUACUAGAGUAGGUAGUUUUUAGUUUGGGAAAGUCAAAGAACGUUUGUAAUUUACAGUCGUUUUGGGACACACAAGAUAAGAUUACAGUAGACGUUCUCCUAACGGACACUUUCGUAAGCAGACAAGCUCCACUUACGGCCGCCUUCCCAAAACCCCAUUUUUCUUAACUCCUAUACAAGCCGUGUAUUUUCCAGGUCCAGUAACGGACACCUUUUUCGAGUCCUGAGGGUGCCCGGUUACGACAGCUUCCACUGUGAAUGGUCAUUCCGUUACUGACUAGUUGUUGAAUAAAUACCCAAAGAAAAGAGCUGACAAAAUAAACAGAAAAAGCUCCAUAUGUUAGUUUUGAAUGUCGAAAGUUAUGGCUACACUAUCAUAUCGCAGUGUAAUUAAUUACAGUAUUAUUUGACCUCAUUUGAAUCCGCUGACUAAAUAAAUGUAUCUUAAUCCAAUUUAGACAAUUUACCGACCUAAAUCACUGAAUGUGUAGCGACUUGUGGGCCUCAAUUCGGGAACUCUGGAGGGACUUUUCUUUUGGGCUCCAAUAGGACGGUAAUUCCCGGGAAACGCUGUUAUUGCUUUUUUUCGAGGGGGGUGUGGGGGAGGGGGGGCGUUACUUUCGGAAUUCUACGGUGCCCCAAGAGAGAAUGAGCUCAUUCUCCCUUGGGUGCCAUAAACUGGUCACAGAAAUGGAAGUAGUACUCCAUGCAAUCUAAUCACUCUAAUCACUUUUCUAACCAUAUUUUUUUCCAUAUUUUAGCCGAUGAUAUAUCAAACUUGACGUCUCAUUUUCGUCUUGGUCUCGGUGUGUUUGUUGAUAAGCCGAUAUCCCCUUACAUGGACUCUGAGCCGGAGAGGUAAUUGCAUUUGUAUUUGGACUUCAGACAAUGUCAGAGCGGUAGGCCCAAUUUCCCCUAGACCAACGCUAAGGAACAAAAAUGAGAAGAAAGUGCUCCCUUCCUUGACCUUUCAAAUUGUUAGGCCUUAAUUUUCAGUCGUCUCGGAAAAGGACGAAAAUGUGGGGCAGGCAAGGGGGCCGGGAGCUCUGAAAAAUAAGCGGGUAAGGGCGGAAAGAGGGGUAAGGUCUUAAACGGUGGGAGGCGUGAGAAAUAGGGGGAGAUCAAGCAACAAUGCUUAAUAUUUCCAAAUCGAAAAAGAGCUUUAUUGAAGAAGCCAAGAAGAAGGGGAUUGGAGUCGGAGAUGCAAGGUACAGCAGGUAGGAGGUUUGGAUCACCUAUUUCCGCCGACCAAAAACUGUAGGUUACAUACAUCUUACAGUGCUAUGACUUAAUCCAACAAUGUUGGACAUGAAAAGAAGAACCCGAACACGAAGCCGUCCCUGGCUUAACCUCGCGUAUAAUACUGUUUUAGCUUUUUCUUUGGUUCACUGGAUCUCGCCUUAAUUCUAUACAUAAAUUAAAUGAAAUUGAGCGAAAUCAAAAGUCGAGAAUUAUUAUUACUUUUUUGUUAUUCCAUUGGCCCUUGUUGGAUACACGUUUUGUUACAGCUAACUCAGGACUUUGCGCUUUAAAUGUAAAGUUAUAUAUUCCGCAGUUCAAAUCGAUAAAUUAUAUACACUUGUUUAUAUGUAUAUGUUCUCUUUCGUGCAACUGAGAUAACUUUAUCUUUUGGUUUACGUUUAUCGCGUGUCUUCCAGUCAGGUCUCCUUUUUGAAAACAUAUUUUUUGCGUUUACUUUCUCGAAGGGUUGCUCGUCCUGAUGCAGGAAAUCCUAAUUCCAUUCCAACAUUCGGUUAUCGCAAUGUCCUUCCACUGAAUAAAAAUGUCUCCCUGUUUCAGGUAGGUACGUUGUAAUACCUCGCUCAGAUUAAAUUGCCAGGUCACUAAGCACAACCCUAACUGUAAAACUGCGUGUUAGAAGAAGAAAUCCUGAAUCUUUGAGACGAGUCUGUAUCUAACAACCCAGAAGUAUAUGCAGCGUUGACAAUAGGAAGCCUAAGCAACCGCGACGACAACGACUUUAAAGUGACGUUUCACUGUCCUCGUCAUUGUGGUUGCUUAAGCUCUUGCUAAACUGGCGGGUUUACAACUGUCGUCAUGGCGGCCAUGUUAGUUGGUAAUACCAAAAGCGUUUUCCUUCGCUGGGGACUAAAAGCUGUUUUCAUGAACAUGAUUUCUGCGAAAAGAUUGUAUUUUGACCACCAACCUGACCUUGUCACGCUUUUCCAAAGCAAGAAGAGGAGACAAAAAUCAUUCCUCAGCCUCUGUAACAUCAGAGCGUUUUCUUUGCCGCGUGGCCAGCGAAAUCUUAUGGACCAAAAGAAGUUGUUUGAUGCAUAAGAAAAAAAGUUUAACUCUAACAGGACUGACCUGGUGCACCAACAAGGCUGUUGCUGUCUAUUUUCCGCUUGGUGUUGCUGUUUUUGCUUUUUUUGGUAUAGCACUGCAAGUGACCUGUGACGAAACACUGUAGUGUUUACAUUCAAUGAAACUAAAUCCAUAUAAUUGUUUUCAGUAUGCCAUUGAAAAGCUUAAAUCGUCUGGGAAUAUUGACAGUCCCGAAGGAGGCCUGGACGCUCUUGUUCAAGUAGCUGCCUGUGGAAAGGUACAUUGAUGAUUGUUUUGCCUCAUCCUUUACGGAGGGGGGAUCAAAAAACCGUGCACUGGUGAGAGCUCUCGCCUGGCGCCAAUGUGGCAUUUUGGGCAUGAUCGCUUACGGGAGGUAUUGAGCUCACGAAAAUUGUACCACAGGGGAUCUCUUCCUGAGAGGACCGAACACAUCUAAAUUUUAUAAGAGAAUUCACUGCAAGUAGUUUCCAAGUUACGACAUUCGUAGUUUCAUGUUGUCAUCGAUCGCAUUCUCUUAGUAGUGCGCUACAUACAACGAGCACAAGGAUCAAACCAUACGACAGGGGGAUAACAACAAUAGAAAAUUAACUAGGCCAUCAUCCAUAAAUGUGGGUCGCGGUCACUGACGUGAGAGUGUAACUGUAGUGAUUUCACUGGGAAAAAUGUGGUGGUUGGGAUAGGUGGUCGCAUAAGAGAGGCGGUCACACGUGGUCGGGUCUGACUGCAGUUUUGCCAUAAUCUGUAACGGUCAUUUUGGAAAAUUAUGCUGGUUAUAUUGCUUUGUAGAGAAUCGGUUGGCAAAACAAAGAAGAGGCCCGAAGAGUGGUGGUCUUAACAACUGAUGCAGGUUACCACUGUGCAGGAGAUGGACUGGUAUGUUUUAAUUUUUUUGUAUUUGUAGUUGCAUCGGUUUUUGCAUAAGUCGUAUUGCAUUUGCACUUAUGUUGAUCCUUGCAUGUGUAGUCUUCGUUGCAUUUGCCUUCGCACUUGCAUUUUGUAGUUGCAUCGGGUUUUGCAAAAGUCGCAUUGCAUUUGCACUUAUACUCAUUGGUACUUGCAUUGUAGCCUUCGUUGCAUUUGCCUGCGUACGUGCAUUUUGUAGUUGCAUCGGUUUUUGCAUAAGUCGCAUUGCAUUUGCAUUUAUAUUAGUACUUGCAUUUGUAAUUUUCGUUGCAUUUGCCUUCGCACUUGCUUUUGCACUUUCAAUUGGAUUUGCAUCCGCAUUUACAGUUGUAUUUGCAUGGAAUUUGCAUUCGCAUUUGCGUUGAUACUUGACUUUUUACCUGCAUUGGUAUUUGCACCCGCAUUCGUGACAGCUGCAUUUGAUGGCAUUUGCAUUCGCAUCCCCUUUUACAGUUGCUAAGGGUGAUGGAGUUAUCCGAUUGGCUUUCUAAUGCAUACCACAUCCCACAAAGGCAAGGUUAUGUUACUCUCUGGUGGAGAAACCUUUUUAGAGUAAAGAGUACAUUCUUUACCUUCUCCAACCAAAUGGCAGAAGCAGGUGUAAGACACAACGUCAAAGGGACACACGAUUAAGCAACAACAACGUCGACGGCUACUUAAAAAGUGAAGACGGGCUGCUUCAAACUUCACGUUCAAUUCAUUAAAUGUUAGCAAUUUCUUCUUUGAAUUGAAUUCUAAAAGACUUUAUCACAGUUCAGGAAAUAAGAAAGAAAGUCGUUGUCUUGUGUUCACGUCCUCGUGAUAAAACGUGACAUAAGGCAUUUUCACGUCGUAGUCUUGCAAUGAAAUGUACAAAAAAAAAGCGUGUUGUUGUUUUGACAUUCUAAACCUAUUGGUUUUUUGCCGUUGACGUCGCCGUCCACGUUGCUUUAGCUCCCUAUUAUUGUCACCCCAAAUAAGGCGAUUAUCCGAUCUAUAAAACUUUUGCACAACCGCAUUCUCUUUUAAGGUCGUGAUAUAGUAUAUAUAUAUGCGCUAUUGGUCGAGCGUGUGGUCAUUAGUGAAUUAGAUGUAGGCACAAAGGCUGGCCCAUCUUGCUGGCUCGGGUAGCCAGUCAGAAUACAGGAUUUGCUAUGUCUUGCCCAUUCUCAGGAAGCCAUAUGAUAAAACUGAUCAAGUGCAUUACCUUGUAUAGCUUGGGGGAGUGAUUAUUCCGAAUGACGGUCUUUGUCAUCUUGAAGGGCAGGAAUACGCCGCAUCAUUACAUAUGGUACGUUGAAGAGUUAAAAACUGCUUCCAGGUCAGCAAUAUUCAUUAUACUUACAGGGAGGUAUCAAGGCUCAGUAGUUGGCAGGCUAGACUUGCACUCUUAAGGUCGCUGGUUUCGAGUCCAACUCCAACCACUGGCUGAGAUUUGUUUCUGAUAGUGACGAGGUCACCCUGCGAGCAUUUGUUAAGGUCGAGAAAAGGAGGCUCUCCCUGAACCACGUCAACCCUUUGAAGGCUCCGAAGGCCGAAUAGCCUCCGAGCAAGCUCUCCAGGGCGCUCUCAUCUGUGCCUGCCCGUCGAAUGAGCUGCCAGAUUUCCGCCAAUCAGCGCGAAGCGGAAACGAGCGCGAAUGGAACAAACUUUGAAAAGCAAGCGCCAAGGGUAAUGACGCCCGGCAUUACUAAUGUCAUCUCCACCGAUCAGUAUUUCGCAUCGACUUUUUCGAUGAUAACGAAAGACUGUAUUACAGACUUUCUUGAGUAGGCCAACAUCGAGCAUAGUCAAAGAAGGGAGGGAGUGGCAGGGAGUGACGAGUUCAACUUUUGUAUUAUUUUUCGUUUCUAAUUAUUUUAGUGGAAUGACUGUAAACUAGCAAGGAGAGCUAAUGCGCUCUUCCACCACAAGCAAAGCAUUUCAUUUAGAUCAAGAAACUAAGAUUUAACAAGAGUGUUGAAAGCACGCCCGAGUAAAAAGAGAGAAAGGAAAUUUCACCAGCGAGCUCGAGUUUGAGUUUAUGGCGUACCAUUGUCGCAAUAUGUAAGGGAAUCCGGUGUCCUGGAAAUUUUUGCCCGUGGAAUCCGGAAUCCUGGGCUUUAGAAUCCGGAAUACAGCUCAAGGAAAUCCGGACUUCCGCUAGCGAUUGGAAUCCGGAGUCCAAGUUCUACUGAGAAAGAAUCCAAUCCAGUGGCUGUAAUCUGGAAUCCACGGCGUGGAAUCCAAAAAUUUCAUCAACUGAAAGACUGUCUUGGAUUUCUUUAGAUGGGCUGACCAUUGAAUAAAAAUAAUCCUCUUGCACAGGCAUUAUGGCGCCACACAACAAGGAACUUACGAAUAAUUUUGUACUCUCUUUUCUUUAGGAUUAUCCUUCACCAGGAUUGGUUCGCGAGGUUUUGCUGGAAUCGAAUGUCGUUCCAAUCUUCGCCGUCUCCGCUAAAGAAAAACGAACUUAUGAGGUAAGCGUUGAAUUAAAAAAUGUUUUGAUAAAAGUGUUAACUUUCAGGCGUCAUUCUUUUAUUUCUCGCAGUAAAUAAUUUGGCGAAAGUAGACUUUAUGAAUUGACCUACAGAUCUUUGCACGAAGAAAGAGACACACUGGCAUUGAUGAGUCUUUCGUAGCAUGCCCAGUGCGUGAAAGAGAGCAAUAUGCGGAAAGACGGUUUAAGUUGAAAGCUUUUUAUAGACUAAGCAUCAGGCGCAUUGUAAAAGAAGUGGAAAUUGCACAAAGCAGAAAUUUAAACCUCCUCUCUCUGUUAUCCUAAAGGAUGUUCCUAAGGAGCACGAGUCACCUCCUUCAGAAUUUAAAAGUAUAGCCAGUAAUUUAAAAGAUCUUAGUACAGCUUGAACCUAAUUUGCUUUCCCCAAUUUAGAGACUAAAGCUGACUUCCAUGAAUCCAUCAGUAAACAUUAGUUCAAAAGAGUGCUUAAAUAGUUUUUCGGUCGAGGCUUAAAUAACAAUUACAUAGCCCUCCAUCAAUUAAGCAGCUGUACAAUAAACUGAAUCAGAUUUUGCCUCGGAGGUAUUUAACUUUCUGGGCCCAGUUGUUCAAAUCGUGGAUAAUGCUAUCCACUGAAUUAAUCUCUUGCUAUCAAGUGGAUAACGCAAUUAUUUUCCCCAAUUAUACUUGUUCGCUAUAUCCGUUUGGAUAGCGUCAUCCGACGUAUGAACAACCGGGGCUUGCUGAUGAGGAAGUUGAUUGCCGGUUGGCAGCAUCUCGCGCUGCACCUGUCAUUGCAACUAUCCAUAUGUGAUACUUGCAAGGAUUGUAGAAAUUAUGGCCAGUGGCUUUAAAUGCAUGUUUGCGGAAUCUAAUUCUCGCUACUGUUAGCGGUUUUCCCCCAUGCACCCUUCAACUCAAAAUAAAAGCAAUUUUGUCCACUUUAAACACUUAUGCUUGGAGGCGUUGUCUGUUUGAGAGCUAACCUGCAACCAGGCGUCGUAAUUGUGUUGUAAUUUGUUAUCCACGGAGCGCUUAGGAGUAGUUAAGAACUCGUACGCGUUGAAACGUGUCCGUGCGUUCCAGAUCGAAAUGGAAUUUGAAGCGUUGGUUUUUAAGGACAGGGGAAAACCGGAGUACCCGGAGAAAAACCUCUCGGAGCAAGGGAGAAAACCAAUAACAAACUCAACCCACAUAUGGUGUGGACGCCAGGAUUCGAACCCGGGCCACAUUGGUGGGAGGCCGGUGCUCUAUGCAAUACGCCACCCUUGCUCCCCCAAAAAACACAGUAGGGACCUUAAGAUCCGACGACGGUGACGGCAACGGGAACGCCACAAAAGCAAUAGGUUUAAUUAGCAAAACAAUAAUUUUGCACUUGCAUCACGCUUUUUUGUACAUUUCUUUGCCGUCACUGCACGACUACGCUGUGAAAAUGCCUAAUUUCACGAUGUACAGAGGGUCGUACAGAGGAAGUACACAAGCGACGACGAAAUUUCCUUUCUCUUUCUGAACUUGAAUUAUAUGGUUCGUAGGAAUUCAACUUUGGGAGGGUUCGCCUACAUUUGACAAAGUUAGUGACUUGGAGUAAUCGCGAUGAAGAUUGAAAGAACGCGAAUUCACUUUUUCAGCGACGUUUUCUCUGCCGUCACCGUCCUAGGAUCUUACGGUCCCUAGUAUUGAUAUGGGGAGGGCAUGGUCACAGGCUAACUAGGAGCUAGAGAGGAGCCCUACGCCCUGAGGGAUACUGAAGCCCCAUUGCCCCUCCCUUCCUUGUCUGUAUCCGUCUGCCCCCGUACUAGGUUCUCCAAAAGAGGUUGCAACUGUAAUCGUAAAUUCAAUGUUUCCCCAAAGUUACUUUAUCACAAAAAUGUUUGUACGACAUGCGCGAAUAUUGAAGCUUUUACUUUUCUGCCGCAUGUACCAAUUGUUAGUCCUUACAAAUUUUUUGACUUACAUUUUCCAGGAACUGGCCAGGUUUCUAGGAAACGAAACUUAUGCGGAAACAGGCGAGCUGAAACAGGGCUCAUCCAACAUUGUGCAGGCCAUCGGACAAGCCUACAGGGUGAGCUUCAAAAUAAUACAACCGAUAUUUACGGCCUAUAAGUCAGGACAGUAUUCUUCUAGGCAUUAGGGUGGCGAAAACUGUCAUCAAAAGACUAGAAAAGAAAUCUGUUGUCAACGAUGUAUAAAACCUUGCAUGGAACGACACCAGUGAAAAUAUUUAAGAUCAAGUUUUUUGGUGUCAACGGUAAGUUUACUAGUUAGCAGGAAUUCUUAAGACAAAACUGGCCCUCCCGCACCCCCGCUCUGAUUAUCUUAAGAGUCAGUUAAGCGCGGUUUGGGACAGCUUACCCUCAGAAUUACAUCACGCGACUUUUUUAAGUGGUUUUAGGGCAAAACUGAGUGGCGCAGAUAAUUAAAAUGUUUAGACACAUAAAAGCAGCCUAUAUUGUUUCAUGCAAGUUUCAUUUACUUGUUGUUGAUAAGUAAGCUGAUAAAAGGAAAGUUCUCUUAUAAUAAGUUAUUUUACCUUAUCUACAUCUCUCCACGAUUGACCGAAGAGUAUUUAUUGUCAUCUUCUGUGAAGAGCUGUAAAUCUAGUUUUUUUUUAAAAAUAUACUGAAAUCAACUUAAAAAAAGAGAAUUAGGUCGUGUUAAUUAUAAUUCCGAUACACUUUACCCUUUCAAGAAAAUAUGGGGAAGGUUUGAGAACGAGCCAAUACUGCGAGGUUGUGGGUGGAGGGGUUGGGAUGAGUCUUCGGGUAACCCUUUGCAUCCCCUUCCCUAUUAGUGUCUCAUAAAUUUUUACUUUUUCACCUAACACCCCCUAAUUUAUCUCAAGUGCAAACUUUGUAGCUGAGCUGUACUUUUCUCCUCGGUCAGAGACCUAGAUCUGUACCUUAGACUUACUUCAUAGAAUUACAUUAGCUUUUUUAGAUGGCGCUGGUUUGUUUGAGGUUGUUCUUCCCAGCGAAGUCCGAAUGUCAUAGUACUGUAUAUUUCCAAAUCGCAAGUCAGGUCUGUCUUUCUACUCAGUUCGAUUUGUAAAUUUUAUCCCUGUAAUUUCUUCUUCUCUUUUUUGCGUUCCGCUUUUAGCUUUAAAAGUGACUGCUGGUUCGCCUGAGACCACAAUAUCAGAGAGAUGGUUAUUGUCAUCUCGUCUGCACAGAAUCAGGUCAAUGAAGAAUAAUCUAAAGCUUCUCACUUGGACAAAGUAGAUUGCAAAGUUCAAUAGAGCGCUUAAAUACACGACACAACCCGUUCCAUAACGCCACGCGUAAUCAGUUGUAAAGUCACGCUGUGGCUUAGCUAUCUGCGUAUAUGCAAUGUUUCCUAAAAAGAAAAAGAAAGGGAUUAUAAAAGAGAAUGUUAAUGCAACGAGAAGUGUGGUCCCCCUAAUCUUUUUGAGGCGUAGCUCGGCCUGAAAAUCUCUCUUCGUCACCGUGGCAACCUGUCGUCUUCCGCUGUCCCAUACGGUUUUCAUCAAACAGAGGUUGACAUACGUGACGAAUAUCCCUGGAAAAAUGUACUGUAUUGGAAGAAUGAUCCAUGUUACUCUAAAUGGAAAGAAGUGUUCGUUAUUUUUACAGAUGACAGUGUAGUGAGUGUCAUUAAGGACCACAGUUGUUCCGUCAUAUGUCGCCGCAGGGAGUAACAUGAAGAGUGCUCCCAGUAACCACGCAAAAAUGAUCAUUCUGCGCAUGCUCCUGGUUGUGACUGUGCGAAAAACGGUGCGAGUCGCUAAAUACUUCUCAAUACUUAUCACCACAAGGGUGUUUACGGUAGCAGCUGAGAAAAAGAAGUUAGUAUACCGCACCGCCUUGCAAGCCCACCCUCUUUGAAAUACAUCAAACGAGAUUUGAAUGCAGAGUAGAGGUGCCGAGACUGCCGAGUUAAGGAGAUCUGACAGAGAUAAGCUCCUUAUGUAUAAGUUCAGAUUGGUAACGAAGCGAUUUGUUUGUAUAACAUUUCUCUUCGGCUUUUUCCCGAGAAAGUAAAAUAUGCAACAAUUUCCAAGAAAUCCCACUAUACCAAGAAAUAACAAAACGACGCAUAGAACACGUUUUGUGAUGUUUCCAGCCGGCGUAAAAACGUAGAUUAGACCCAGCGUCUUUGUGUGAUUGCUCAAUUGAGUUGAAUUGCUUCCAAAGAGCUUUGAAGGUAGCCAUGGGGUGGGGAAUAUGGUUUCGUUGUUCAUGGUUAACUAUACUCUGACCGCAAAGUUUAAUAAGGCAGCCAGGAAGCUCACCAUGAUCCGGUACCUGUUUUAGCCACUCUGUUAAAGAAAGAAAACUUAAAUUAAGAACUAAUGUAUGACGUUUUAGAUAACAAAACGUGUUAGUAAACUUUGUCAGAGGAAAUACAAAGGAAACCCUUGGAUUACCGAAUUUAAGUAGCGUAAAAAAGAACCCAUUUUUACCAGAUCCUCCUUUCUGGAUAUUUUUUUCCGCGGAUUAGCAUGAAAAUGGCGAAAAUUUUCCUAGCUGGCUGUAAUUUUUCGUUUAUGGUGAAUGCGCAUAUAAAGCUAUUUUUGGGCGAAUAUUUUGGAUCCUUCUUUCUUGCUCUCUUUUCUCUUUUUCCUUUAUUUUCUAUGUGUAGCAUUGUUAGUCAGUUGAUCUUCUUUCUUUCUCAUCGAAUUGUUGCUGAAUAUCUUUAAUCCAGAACUUGAGAAGGAAAUUUUAUCUAGAACGAGUAGCUAGGUAGGGGAUGGUGAAAUUGGCAGCGAAUUUUCGCCCAAAUUUUAGCAGAAUUUUGUUUGUAAAACUCUGGCAGGAUUGGUUAGAAUUUCCCAAAAUGAAGUCACCGUGUUUGUGCAUAGAUCUAUCCCUUCUUAAUUUGUCGUGCUUACUGAACUUAAUCACUUCAACUGAAAGCUAAGUCCGUUCAGAAAUGCAUAAUUUGCGACGCACUAAAUUGGCUCGAAUUGGCUCGAUCCGUCCAUGGGGUUAACAUACUGAACAUGAGAAUUGCCUUUCUUCCAAUUUAAAAAACCUGUUCCUCGAAAAAAAAAUCGUUAACCCACUUGACGAACGUUUGUCGAAAAAAGCCAAUUUGUGACAAAUUGGUUGUGGAGAAUGUUUUGCUCCGAUUUUGUCAGCGAAAAUACUUUUAUCUUACUUAUUCUUCUCCAAAUUAAACGGAAAAGAUUAACAUUUGUAGGUAGAAUAUGGUGCAAUAUUACUCCAGAUCAGGUAAAUUUACAGUGGGAAAGAGAAGAAAAAACAUAGUUUGACACAAAUCAGAUAUGACAAGCCAGAAUGGGCCAUUUUUACGAUGACGUUUUUUUACUACUAAGAUCAGAACGUUUUGUUUUUCCCAUCAUAUUGAAAUUUGGUAGUCCCAGUAAGGGUUAAAUAACAAAAGAUAAUUUGCUCAAGGAAGCAAAACCCUGAAGGAUUCUGGUCGCAGUAUUAAAACGACGCUAUCGUGCAAGUGGCCUAGACCUCCGAAAACCUAGUCUGCUACACAGCCGUUUUUAGUGUCGUCACGCAACGCUCCUCCAUUGCGUGACGACACUAAAAACGACCUAGAGGACCUUUAUGUUCUCGUGGUGUUCCAAGAGAGGCAGCGUGGCCGAGCGGUUAGAGCGCUGGACUUGCAAUUCGGAUGCUCCGAGUACAAGUCCCGCCCUGACCGCCAGCUGGAUUUGUUCUCGGUAGUCCCCGAAUUUAAAUCCUCGACCACGCUUCAUUGUAAAUGGCCAGCUGGUUUGCUUCCGGCCAGUUGGGAUCCUUAACCCUGUUAUGUUGGAUUCAACUUAUUUGUUUCAGGAAUUUGCUCGGCCCUACUGGCAUUAGUGCUAUAAAUACUGCCGAGGGUAAAUAACGGAAAUUUAUAUAUAUAUUUUUUUUCAUUUGGUCCAAAUGUCCUGGAAACGACUCCGGCCCGUCGAAAUAAUUGGAAGUUCAAUUAUAAUGGGACAGUAAUCUUCUGCUCUUAGUGUUGUAUAAGUAUAUUUGAUUGUUUUUGAGAAAUACCUUAUAAUAGGAAAUUAACGUAACUCUCCAUGAAAUAAAGGUAUUGGAAAUUAACGCCACUUAGAUUCGCGCUAAUGACAGUGUGAUGGAAAACGACUGUCGAAUGAAGGAAAUUAACGCAAAAGGAAGGGUAACAUUUCAGAAUGAAGGAAAUUAACGCGACGUGCACAAAGAAACAAAACAUGUUGAGACAACAGGAACAAAGUUCAACAAAUCAUCCGAAAUGGAAACUUUGUUCGUAGCACUUUCCCUAAACGUACGAAGGGGGCCAAGUGAAGAAAUCCUGCCAGUUCGAGGGUUCAUCAGGGUUUUACUGGUGCUGGCGGAUCUCCAUCCUGAUAAAAUACUCCUCUUUCUUAGGUGUCAAGAAUGUGCAAAGAGUAUUGAGAAUUUGAGGCCGAAAUAAUGGAAAUCAAGGUCGCGGAAAUUAAGGUUUACAAAAAUGAACGUGACUUGAAUUAACGCUCAUUUCUAAACUUCGUGCUAAUUUAAUGAAGCGUUUUUAUAAUUUUCUACAAUCAUGAAACUACAGAAGAGUAAAUGAUGAUGAAGCAAAGACAUAAAUUUUGCUCUAAGAAAUAUCAAUUUAAAUUGAACCCUUGGAUGUGCCGCACUCUAUAAUAAUAAUAAUAAUAAUUACAACAUUUUUUUUAAAUUUUAAAAAAUAAACAAUAAAAAAUUUAUUGAUACCAGUGCUAACUAUUAAAAAGUCCUAUUUACAACAAUUCGCUUAAAAAGCUAUUCAGUCAAAACACUGUUUGCAAUCCCUCUCGAUUAAAAAACACUUAAUUUUGAUUGGAAAAAAUCAUUUAAUUAAAAAAUAUAUUCGGAUUAAAAACAUUUCAUUUUUUUCGUACUUGGAAACUGAUUACUAAAGAGGAAGAAAGUAAAAUAGCGUUCUCAAUGCCUUAUUAACCGAAUAUGUUUCAAUAUCGAAGUUGAUGUCCGACAGCCUCGCGAAGACGCGGGCAGCGAGGCGACAGCCUAAUAAAGCCGUGCGCGAAAGUUCCAACUGAGGCAGAAUUGAUCUCAUUUGCAUCAUUGCCCGCUGGAAUUUUUUAUUGCCUGUCGCUAAGAAAAAUAAUAACGCCGCAAAGUUUACUGUGUCUUUGAAGCAAAAUAAUUCGGAAGGCUUCAUUGGCGCACCAUAAAUCUUUAUUUUUCUCCUGAAAAGUAGACCUCCUAAGCUUUAAAAAGCACGGUGGGCGUAUAGGACGCAAACAGACGCAAAAAAUUGCGAGGUAGAAACUAAUUUUGAAUUUUUCAUUCGUUUGAGCUUUAUUUGUUUUGCCAUAUCUUCAAAUUUUAAUUUUGCAGUCAAUUUUGUGACGCCAUUUUCCCGCGAAAAAGCGUUAAAAUCGAAAAACAAAAAGCAUAGUAUUUUUUGGAAUACAAAGUUCUAACAUCCUGCAAAGUUUGAGCUCAAACGAAUAAAAAAUGCAAAUUUAAGUAUUUACUACAUCGCAAUUUUUUGCGUCCUAUAAGCCCUCCUUGAAGAGACCAAAAAAACCUGUAUGUUGAAUAUUAUGCACUUAAUGUCAGAUCCCGAAGGAAACAGUUUUGUUUUCCCGAGAGUCCUGAUGUUUUCCGAGACGAAUUCGAGGGAAACAUCAGGCUUAUUGCAAACCAAGAGUCAGUAUUAAUUUUGGGUUUUCGUUGGCCUUAUUAUCAAAUCAUUAUUAGUCAUUUUCCGUUUUAAUUUUGUAAUUGAAAUGGAAAAUUAAGACCACGCCAUUCAUAAUGUUGAACGUGCUCCCACCUCGUACGUGUGUAAUAACUGUCCCAAAUAAUUUUGUUUAUCCUGGUCUGUUCAAGUGGAUAUUCUUGCAAAUCUGGCCAAAAAUGAACACCAUCAGGUUUUGAAAAUCAUGUAGGAAAAUACUAGUCUGUUUAAUGCCGGUAAAUCUUUUAUUCUCAACCAUCAAAGUUUGUUUCGAGGAAAUAUAUGAGUAAAUCUAUGAGUAGCGACUGACCCGGCCUCGCGAACUAUUAGCGACUUUAUCGUAUUAUUUUGUCUUGCCUGCCACAUUUAGGUCUCGUUUGAGUUACAAGUAUUCGUUUUCAAAGACACAGUUUUUCAAGAUGCUUAUUUAGAUACCAGCAGGAUAAAUUAAAAUUUCCUGGUAUUUUGAGUUAAUAUUGUUGGACAAAGAUUAUUUAAAAUUUAUAAAUACUUACCCUCCAAGCUGAGUUCAAACAUAAAAUAAUUGCACAUUUAGCGAAGGUAGUAUAAUCUUGUUUGGAUACUGCUUAUCUAUUUGAGCAGGUGAGUUUUGAAGCAAUCGACAACAAUGCUGUUGAUUAAGCAUAUGCAAAGUAGCUAAAAAGAAACCCCAAUGCCUGCGCUACAGACAACCGUAAAGAGAAUUGUUCUUUUCAACCAGCAGAAAAUCGGAAACGUUUUGUAUUAAUUAACUGAGUCUAAAGAAAAUGAAGCUUCACUAAUGACUAGAUGCUUGAAAAGAAUAUACUGCAAAGUAUUUUCUAUUUUCUUGCUUGCAUGGUUAAAAGAUUUUCAGGUGUAGUGUCUGAUUUCAGGAUUGUUCAUAUUUGUUUCAUAAACUGUCUCAUACAAGUAAUGUCGUUUUAGAUAAAAACGGAUAUUCCUACAAUUUCAACAUGCAAAUUUUUAAAAUUUCUUUCUUCUUAUCGCAGGAGCUGUAAAUUGUUUGUUCUAACACGAAAAAGGAAAGCAGUCUAACUAUAAAACUUAUGUCUAAGACUCUCAAUGGAAAUUUAAGCGCUUGCCGGAAACAUUGGCCAAGUAACAAUGUGGUACUUCUGGUCGCGGUGUGCUUUUCUAGCCAAGAAACAAUCUUUAAUAGAGCAUCUGUUUACGAGAACCGUUGUGUAAUGAUAAAAAAAAAAAACGUAUUUGGAAGGGCUUACGUAAACCUAACUGGAUUUCAAGCACCAAAAGUGCGAUAAACUGCUUUUAUUUUGGACCCCCACUUUCCCGGACAGCGACUUAGUGCUCCUAGUGAAGGCAGUUUGUUAUAAAGCGGGCUUGCGCGAAGAGAAAUUGAAACGAAACCAUUUGCUUUAAACAGAUAUCAUGUGUUUACAUUCAGAUUAACGUUCAUUAACACCCUUUGAUUAACAUCUAUUUUAAAGGAGAUAUUUUUACCCUUUCUGUAAGUUCAUCCAAUUUAACUCUAUCACAUGGGAAAGAGAGUCCUUUAUGUAAGUAUAUUACUGUACAUAAAAUUUCUCUGAGUUAUAUUAUCUUAACUCUAGAGAUAACCCUGUGAAAACUUACCUACUAGUAAAUUCCUAAUUUCUUUUUGUAAAAUCCUUAGUAAAUAUGCUCUUAUGCAAACAUUUGCUAAAGUGGUUUCAUUUGAAAGGUAACAUCAUAAGGAUUUAGUCCCUGGUUUAAAAACUAGAGCGAAAAAUCAACUUAGCUAACUUUCCCUAGGAGAAUUUCGGUAUGGAUUCCACGUUUGGAUAUGUGAUUGUUGUAAAGAUGCGAGAUAUAUUCUAUAUUCUUCCUUGAGGACGGUAAGGGUGUUAAUAAGCAUCGGAAGCAGUGACUUCACAAAAACAAAUACAUGCUUGUUGGGGGUACAGUACAGUACCGCGAAUGAUCUCCAUUGUCGACCGCAAGAGAUCCCGUGAAAAGUAGAGGAAUAGAAUGGAUUUCGGGCAUGGAUGGUAAAUUUGCUGAAAACUUGACGCGUAGAGCAAUGACAUGAAUAAAAGGAUAAAUAACCGAACUGUUUCUUUUGGCAUUUUUUUAUCCUUUCUUUCGAGCAUUUAAUGUUUCGUUGCUGUGAAAAUUUAGGGACGGAAGGACGUUAAGAACGAAACUUGUCUUUCAGAUUUUAACGCCUAAGAAUAGGGAAAUAUGAUCCCUCUAGAAGUUUCCGGUCAAUUUCGAGAUACACUUAGCAACUACAGCUCGUGAAAAUGUCGCGUCUGCUGGAGACAGAGACAGUUAUAAAGAUACAAAUCAGGGAAACAGAAACGAAGGAACGAUUACGAGGAAAAUUUUGUAUCAAUGAGCAAAGAAUUCCCCAAAUGGUGUUGUACUAGAGCGAGCUUUUAUUUGGGUUGUUUUAUAGAAACAUAAGCCGUUACACUAAGUUAUCAUUUUCUCACGUUGAUACGAGGUAUAUUAAGAUAGACAGAUUUGAGGAAUUUGUUGUUAAAAAUUUUGUAUGUAAUUGAAAUGCAGUAUGUGAAGUUAAGUUCUGUUUAGUUUUAAUGCUAACCAGCAAUUGAAGCAAGACACUACUUUGCUCUUCAAGAGCUAUUGUUUCACUGAUAGUAUUUAAGUAAUUUUUCUUGUUUGCAUUUAUUUGCGUUUAAUUUAUUGAACUAAGUUUUAAAUGUAGUUUUACACUUUCUUUUUUUUUUUUUUUUUUUUUUUUUUGAGUUUUGGCAUUUAUUUCUUAAAUGAAUUCAGUUUCAUCAAUACUUUUUGUUGCGAUAAUAAACGUGACACGAUGAUCCAGUAACUUGAGUCCAGGCCAUUCUGAUUUUCCUCUCGGGAUCAUCUGCGGUCGACAAUGGGGAUUACUUGCGGUCGAGGAUCACUUGCGGUCCAUUUUGGGGAUCAUUUGCGAUCUGGGGAUCAUUUACGGUACUGUACAGUUGUAUAACAUACCGUAUUUACUUGAUUAAACGUCGCCAACCGUUAGUUGGCGCUCGGUUCUGAAACCAGAUGUAUCCUUUUCCCUUUACCAACAGAAAAUAGCCAGCAAAGUAACAAUACGUGAUGUCAAUUCUGCCGGCCUGAAUUUACGAUACACCGCUUUCUGCUCGUAAGUAUCCUUUAAUUAGGUGCAUUUUCACUCUCGCUUAAUUCUUACGUGCGUUCGCACGUCCUUACUUUUUUCACUAUUUUACGCGAGACCUUUCACCGGGUAUUUUCUUUAUUUAAUGCGUGCGCACGUAAAAAUUGAGUGACAGUGGGAAUACACCCUCACUUAAAGAAAUAUAACAACUUACAGCAAAAAUCAAUCUUUUUACUCUAGCCAGUUUCAAGUUUUGUACAAUAAUUUCCCAGUUUAGCCAAGAGCUUCGGCAUUAUUUUCUUGUUCGACUAGUGCUGUAACCUAUUCAGAGACCAAUUUGAUAAGGUCAAUUACUUUUAAAGUUUGUAAGGAAACCUGAAAAAAUUGCAAAUUCUUUCCUCCUUUAACAUUUUUACCAGAUUAGUUAAAGCCAAACAAUGCAAAACAAAUCCGCCAGCCUCCAUUUGCGGUCCUCAACUAACAAAAUGUUUUUACUUGUUUUAUUUUAGGAAAGGAGAGGUUUACGAAAACACAAGAACUUGCACUGGUGUUGAAUUAGGAGAAACGGUAUUUUAUCGAUAAUAUCAUGGAUGACGAAUUUCUCCUUAAUUUUGGGGUGAAAUUUCAGCGUCAAUUUAUAAUUUCACAUGUGAAAUUACAGAAUUGCAAUGGCAACCUUCGGUACGUCUUAAUGCCAAGAUAGCGACGAAGUUUUAGAAUUCUAUGAAUUGAGAUGUGAGGGCAUUAAAAGAAGCUUUAGAAAACCUAAACACACGACAGAGCACAUCAUGAAGGAUUCUAAGAGGUAUUUUGUCGAAACAUUCGGAAAAUUUUGAACUUAAGUCAACUCUCGAGAGCGUGGAGUUCUCGAUCGAUACGAUAAAACCAUGAGGGAUAAACAAGUCAAAAACCCAUGACUGCGAACGCAAUUCGUCGCCCAUGAUAUAAAUAAGCAAUCAAAUAUCUCGUGAAAUUAGGGAAUAGUUUCACUUGCGUUUUGUCCAAAUCCUAACAAAAAGCGCUUGACAUCAUUCCCUAAUUUCACCCGUCACCAUUUGAUUACACAUACUAAAACUACUUACUACUACUUAUUUUAUGUUAUUACUUUUUAAAUAAAUAUUCAAAAGAAUUGUUCGAUUACGGUGUGGGUUUUAACAAGAUGUAAUGUACCUUUUGAGUGCAUAAAGGAAGAUCGGAAUAUCAAAGAUCAUCAUAACCGACCGCUAAAAAAUAAAUCUCGGAUCAGUUUGGCAAAGCUUGUUGCAACUAUACAUAAUUUCCCUUAUUUCUAGCAAGAAGGGAAAACACUUUUGAAGUCACUACUUUCGGAGGGUCCCUGCUUUUGGCAUUUGCUAACACCCGUGAAAUUUUAUCAGUACUUUCGAAGGGUCGCUACUUUUGGGAGGUCGUUACUUUAGGAACUUUACGGUAGUUGUUAAACUUUGCUUUAGUACUAUUUACAAGCGCGAUGAGUAUAACAUUUUCUAGUAAUAAGCGCAUUGGGCGUUAAUUAUUUCACUUGUGAGGAAAAAGAAUCGAAAUUUAAUCACCUUGCAUGCUUGAAAAUCAGCAGCCAAGGAGAAAGUAAACUUGUGAGACUGUCUGUCCUGGGCUUUCGAGUCAAACAGUUUAUGACGUUUAUUUAAAUUCAGUAAGUUUGUAUCUCAGUCCUUUUUCUUUUUUUGUCGUGUUUGAUUUAUGUGUCUGCAGGUUUCCUUUAAGGUGUCUGUAUCAACCAGUAAAUGCUCGGAUGAAUUACCAAGAAAGUGAGUACUUUAUGAAACACUAUUCAAGGAGUGUUCAAACAAAUCAACCUAAUUCGUUCAUGUUUUUAUUUUUCCCUACUGCUGGCUAGAAAUUUUCGCGCCCUUUUCUCAAGCAAUCAGGCAAGCCCAAACCAGCCGUUUGCAGGUGUUUUCCCGCGCUUUUGAUACCGGCAACUUGUACUCGCAUUCAGUUGUGGUAUGUUUAUUGUAGAGCCAGCAUUUUUUCUGAUUGGCCCCAGACACUUGAACUACUAUAAAAAACUGUAAAAGGAAAACUACCAGUGAAUUAAAGUGAUUAAUACGUGGUAAACGUGAGCCCCACAGCUAUAUGUUAUUGGCUAAUACAAACUGCAACUCGUACACAUGUACAACUCUAAAGCAUUAUGGGACAUGCAAUGACUUCUCUGAAAAUUCGGAAAGAGGUAUUAGGGUUCUCGCUAGCUGUAUGAUCUUUAUCUUUAGGAAGGCUGUUAAACAAUCUAUGACGAGUCUGCAAAAUGAUAUAAACAUUAUGUCGAAUGGCGCUGCUGGGAUCUUUAGUUGGUGACCAUCUUGGAUCUGACUAAAAACAGUAAAAAAUCAGGUUUAUGCAAAUAUUUUAGGAACUAAGCCUAUUUCAUGCUUGAGGCGAAAAAUAUUUUAUGAAUCGUCAUUUUUCUGCUUUUGAUGCUUUUUGGCAAGCCCUGAAAGUAUGGCUCGCAAGCUUGUUACUUAUGACGUCAUAAAUCGUCCCAAUAGUUUCCAACAAUCAACAAAUCCUGCCAAAGUCUGUCUAAGGAACAAAGGUUCUGGCAUAAAAUCAUUAUGAAUCCCCGUCUUUUUUUUUUUUUUUUUUUUGAUAUUUUCUGAUUAAAAGGCACUUUUUUCUGAGAAUAAUAAUUGUCUUUUUUCUUGUGUUAAUCAGCUUUUCCAUCAAAACCCCAUACGGACAAGUGUUUCUAAAGCUGUCUUACAUUUGUGAAUGCGAUUGUGAGAGCAAGGUAAGUCGUUUCCUUUCAAGUUAUACACUACUCUGUUUAACCUUACGUUAAUUAGCUGAUACACAGCGUCAAAAAAUUCAAAUCACAAAGUACCAUUUAGUUCUCUUUACAUUUUUUUGGUGUAAUUCCCAAAACGUUGUUAAGAUGGGGGGCUUAAUCUGCAACAUGGUCGUAACGCAUUUGCCGCGCGGAAUCAAAGGAUCAGAGAUUGAGUUUUUUAAACGUGUGAUCAUGUCAAUUUUAAAGGUCAUUUAACUAGUGUUUGUGUGUUUUUUUGAUAAAUCACAGUAAAUUUCAUUUACGUAAGCUUUAGUUUGGAAACCAAGAGACUUUUGUUCGUCACAGUUAAAAGGACGAAGGUGGUAAUAAUCGGGAAAAAAAAUCCUUGAUUAGAAGUCGCCAUGCCAUUAUAAUCCGCUUUCGAAGUUAACACAGCUCGCUUGCGCAAGAUUUUUUUUUCAGCAUUCUUGAAAUUAUUUUUUAGGGUUUGUGUGUAUUUUUGAUAAAUCAAAACAACUUUCAUUAACGUAAGCUUUAGUUUGGAAACCAAGAGAUGUUUGUUUGUCGCAGUUCCAAAGGACAAAGGUGCUAAUAACCGGGCCAGGAAAAAAUCCUUGAUUAGAAGUUGCCAUGUCAUUAUAAUCCCCUUUCGAAGUUAGCACAGCUCGCUUGUGCAACAAAAUUUUUUUUCAGCUUUCUUGAAAUUACAAACAAUAAGCCUACUCGAUUUUGCGCAUAUAAUCGAAGCGGUUGAGUUUACUCGAGGUGGCGCAGAAUACCGCAUUAUUUUACGUCAAGGUCAGUUUAAAAAGUAUUAAGGUUUUAACCAGAAGCUCACCGGAAUAUGCACCAAUAUCCAUGACUGUCAGACUAAAUAAGACGCGGCGUAGCUAAGACGAGAAAAACUUCGUAUAAAUGACCUUAGCGUCUUACAUAAGACGCGAACGCAUAGUGCGCAUGCGCAAAUUUUUGGCGCGCCACGUUGGAUUGCCGUUGCUACGGGCAACUUUCACAUGAGAACGAGUCAAGAACAGAAAUAAGACGCGAACCAUUUAUACGAGUUGUUCUCGUCUAAGAUAAGAGAUGCUCGUAUAAAUGGUACAGUUCGCGUCUUAUGUAAGACGCGCCUUAUUUUUCCUCGUAUAAAUGACCCUAUUGUAUUACAUGAUCUGAAAUGGGAAAAUAAAACAUACAAGUUAAAAUGGUUUAUUGCCUUUUUCCUUUGCAGAUAAAGCACAAUAGCAGUGGGUGUAAUCUGAGAGGUGAUUUGAAAUGUGGAGUGUGCUCUUGUCAGGACGAAUGGUAAGUCUACUGAGUUAUGAUUAGAUACAGGGUGUUCUACUUGUAGUUUCUCUCUGAAGGAAUUUUUAGAUUAUAGUGGGUGCAUUAAAAAAAAAGCAUUCGAUUUGCCAAUCGUCUGACAAAACAGCCGACAUUUGGCAACGCCACCUCUGGUGUCCCCUUGAAAUGACGUCUGAGAAUCGAAGCGAGCGCAGAAAUUCCAUACUGAUGACGUGACACUACCCAGAUCUGGGAAGUAGUUCUGAUUGGCUGAAAAUUUGCUUCAGCCAAUUAGAUGCAUUUCCCAGAUCUGGGUAGUGUCGCGUCAUCAGUAUGGAAUUUCUGCGCUCGUUUCGAUUCUCAGACGUCAUUUCACGGGGAUUCCAGUGGUGGCGUCGCGAAAUGUCGGCUGUUUUCUCUGGCUAAUUUGCUAGACGCUGUUGCGUUGUAGGGCUGAGACCAUUUCCGAAAUGAAAAUGUAUGAAAAGCAGAGUUGAUGAGUAUCACUUCCCGAGAGUCUUGAGUUGAAAAGUGCUCCAUGUCUUUUUCUUCACUGACCACUGAGAUCAAUUGAUGGAAGAUUUGAGUGCUGUUAAGUGCAUGCGCCAUUUCCAAUACUGAUACCCAUGACAUGGGUAAAGAAUCAAUUUUGCCUUUUUCCUGUCAUAAUCAAUACAUUUAAGUUUGGAUUUGACGAAGACCGUCUUUUAUUUCACUUCUUUAUAUUUUAUUUUACUCUUUUACUUUUACUUGUUUCAGGGCCGGAGAAAAAUGUUCAUGUACAAAAGAAGAAGAGGGUAAAGGAUGUCCAAGGUAUUCAUUUUUCACUUGAUUUCACUCCAAUUUAAAUAAGCACUUGUGACAGUGUUUCAAUCUUCUGUUUUUGUGCUCUAAAGCUUCUGAAUCAUUUAAUCGACCUGCAACUCAUCCUGUUUAAAAAAAAUACUGCCUUACUAACAGAAAUGCAUGGCGACUUAAACGAUUUACGCUGGGUUAUCCCUUUAUCUUAGACUGUUUGCAGUCCGCCUUUUUUCUUAGGUACCACGCUUUCUCUUAGUCAAGUGUGUGCAUAGCCGUGCCCACCGACUUCGAAGAAAAUAAGAGACUGUUAGCAGUGUAAGUUUUCCUGGAAAAAGUUGAUUAUGGCUUUCUUUUUAGCCAAAAUUCAUCUUUCUUCAGGACCGAAUCAUAGGUCCAUGUGAUUUGUAUGUUUUUACGUCAGUAUUUUAAUAACUGGGUUGCCUCACUGCCAAUGUAAGCUUUUGCUUUUGUGUGUUCCGUGUUUGUGUCCAUAAUUUCCCAUAAGAGACGCUACGCGCAGAUGCAAUAACAAUGUGGUCAUAUUACUCCAAAAACAAAGACUAAGAAUAAGCAGCACACACACUGAAUAUAAUAUAUAAUGAUAAAACUAAUAGAAUCUGAUAAAAAAAAAUUAGUUGGAUUCAAUCAGUUAAAUUUCGCAACAGCAUCAGGUGUACAUACCACUGCAAUUUUUGGUUUUGUACUACUUAAACCAGUUCCGGUAGCAGGGUUUUUCUUCUUCUCAACUCUGUUCGCCAUCUGGGAAUCGAAAGAGGUGAGACCGCCUUGGAAAAAUUACAUCAGGCUGCCUAUUUGUUCGUUGUCUAAUAUACUUUUGAUACUAUUGACACUUUGUAUUGAUUCUAGUGACAGUAGUGGCCAGACAUGUAGUGGCCGAGGAACCUGUAGAUGUGGAAAAUGCUACUGCAAUAACAGCGAGGUAAGUCCCUAUAAUUUUGUUGGAAAUGAAAACCACUCAUCACACGCGCCCCAUAUGGCCAAAGUUUCUUGAUUCGCGUAAGCAGUUGAAGGGCAUGGGAUUAUAACCACUUCCCCCUGGAUCAUUUGGGUGCCAAUCUAUCACCGACCUACUCUUACUGUUGUGAUCAUAAGAAUGGUAAGCAAGAGAUUGAGACGACAAGAUGAAAGCCACUUCUUACAUUUCUUUUGACUAACAUAAUAUUGAAUAUUAGGCAAAAGAAUGUUUCACGAAAAGCGUUGGUCUGUAAUAUCUGAACGUCCAAAGAGUUCAAAACUUCAUCGUCACGCUUUCCUCGCUUUUCCCCGUCAAUUCGAUCUGAUCCAUUUUAAACGAGAAACCCAAGACUUUACAUUUUUUCAUUAUAUUCAUGUGAUAUCCCUACAUUCUGUUGCAAUCGCAAGUGUAUCGCCAAAAAGCUGAUCCAAAUUGAAGGGUAGAUUAGCAUCUAACAUUGUUGUCUUUAAGAAGGUUGGAUUAUGUUGUUCAGGUCUGGUUCAAGAAACGAACCACGACCGCUAAUACGUUACUUGUCGGGAAUUUCAAGUAAAAUAUUCAGGGCUAAUUAUUCACUCAUUCUCAAUACAGGUUUUAAAUGGAUUGAUUUACGGUAACGAGUGUGAGUGCGAUAGCUUCAGUUGUUCCAAAGACCCGGAUAAUGGAGAAAUAUGCGGAGGCUCAGGUGGGCUUGACAAGGGGCGUGUACUUCCACACCGUAUAUUGUAUUACAGUGAAACCUCGAUGUAAAGAAGGGUCAAGUGACUACCAAAAUGGUUCGCUAUAACCAGGUUUCGCUAUAUCGAGAUUCUUUUCCCUUUUCUACUAUUCUGGCGAAAAGGAAUUUGUUCGUUAUACCGAGGAGUUCGUUAUAUAGAGGCUCGUAAGAUUCCAUUGUACGUACAUGGCUUGAGCAGCUAAUUCAGACUAUCUGAGAACAAAGAGUAGGUCACUGUUAUAUCCUUAUAAUUCAGUGAAACAAAAAAACCUCACAUUUAUUUCAACCAUUUCCAUGGAGGUCGGAUUUAGGAGUGGUUUGAGGGAGCCCCCCUUUUUGUGCAAUUUUGUAUCAUUUUCAAAACUUCUGAGUAAAAUAAAUACGAGCUAAUAUAACUAGCAAGUGUUCCGAGCACCCCUUUCUACAUUUUUUGCUCCACUUCUGAUUUACGUUGCACAAUCCUAAACGAAUCAAAGUUUUUAAUGAUAUACUUUAGUAAAGCGUAUCCACUAAUAUAUAAUAUAUGCCAUGUCAAAGUGAGCGUGCCUCCUUUUUACACACACAAACAACAACAACAACAAUAACAACUUUUAUUACAUCCAAAUAGAGACUGAUUUUACAUGUCCGAUAGCUUAUGGAGAGAAAGAAGACAUUGUUAUAUACAUCAAUUAUGCAUUAUGAUAACGUGGAUUUCUAGGAGCUAAACAGACAAAAAAUUUGCACAUUAAUCCUAACAUAAUGCGAGGAUACCCGCCUGGUUUUUUGCAAACUUCUGCAGCGAUUACUGCGAUUCAAUUAGUCGACAUCUGUCCAAUCUAAACAGCCUGCCUUUCCAGUUGCGUUUUAUAUACAUGUAUGUGACGUUAUGGGUAGAUCCCUUUUUAACACCAAAUGAUGUAAAAAAUGUCCACUACUUUUGUUAUCACACAGAGCGCGGCUUUUGCGACUGCGGUCAAUGCAAAUGCCGGCGGAAUUGGACAGGACCUUCAUGUAGCUGCAGUAGAGAUUUAGAGAGCUGCACCAAGGACGGGGUAAGUCUUAAACUAGAAAAAUGAUCACAGGGAACAUACAUGUAUUCUGUCGUUAUUAGAAGUAAAGAGCAAACGUUUACGGCACUUGUCAAGCGGAAAUAGAAGAGCAGUUAUUGUUUAUUUGUCUGAAUUACCUUAAAUCCUCUAUUAAGCUCCUCCUUUUCAUGGGAAGAAAGAUAAUAAGCCCUCCACCCUCCUCCACUCUUUUAAGGGUCCCCCCUCCCCUCCCCUAUAAUUAUUCACUGAUAAGUGAUAGACAGUAUUUAUCAACCACGGCUGUCAGGAGUCCUAUUGCGAACGAAUGUAAAACUUUCUGUGGACUUGUCCAGGAUGGUCUGCUUACCAGCUGGAAGUUCGUAUUUGUUUUUGAUCCUACGCUGUAUGAGCUCCAACUUCUUGUACUUGAGCGUUUCCACUUUGCAUUCUAGUUCUUUAUGGAGAACUGAUACCAUCUUCUUUGCUAAAUUAAAUAAGCCCCCUCCCGUCUCUAUUAAGCUCCCCCUCAAGGGGGCUUAAUAGAGGAGUUACGGUUUUUUUUUGUGCUAGGCAAAUACAGGUUUAUUAAGGCAAACCUAAUAGCGGAACUCCACUAUCAUACGUGAAAUAAGUGCAAAACAGAGUCACACAAUUACGAACUCAGAAUUAAGUGUAAUGAAUUUAUUAUUCUAAAACCGGUCGAAGACGGUCAUGUGAAAGAGCAUGAUGCGAUUUCCCGCCAAGAAAGGGUAUCUGGGCAUUCUACUCCCGAGACAUCCGUUGUUUUCUUAAAACUCCCUUUCCCAAGAGCCUCCACCGACGGUUUUUCAGCCUUGACGCAUCCAUAUGUUACUAGAUUUUCUUACCCAUGGUGCUGUGUGGAGCUUGGCUACUAAGGUGCAAACAAGUGGUCACGUGCCCAUCAUAAAAAAUACUUAGAGUCUUCACUAAAAACAUAAUCGUUAUAUUUCCCAACUAAUUAGUAUAGUUUGGCGUCUCUUAAUUGCAUCAGUAUUUAUUAGACUUUAUUUAAAACACUAUUCCUGCAGGUCUCCUGGUUGUAGACUUGGAGCAGUCUCUCUUUUUCUUCAGAUUUAGUAAAGGGAGUGCACGCGCGCUUAAGCGCGAGAUGCGAGAAACGAGGGGGCCUUCAGUCACGCGCGUGGUCAUUUCCGUGUCUCGGGCGUUUUGCUCGACAAACCAAGAAAAAAGAGAGACUGCUCGUAGUCUAUCCUGGUUGUCAAAACUCGGUGAGGAAAAAAAAAAGCAAAAGGCUCAAAUUAUUACUUCUUUGUUUACAUCAGCAAUAAGAUUUUUCCUAUCGUUUUAGGUGGUUUGUAGCGGCAGAGGAAGUUGCAGGUGCGGGACAUGCGUUUGUAACGCUACUUUGCCCUACAGGGGAACUUUCUGCGAUGAUUGCGUGGUAAGUGCACCGCAGGGAACCCUUCUAGUCUCGGCUCCUGACCUUUCACAGGUUACCAUCUUCUAGGAAACCCAAGAACACGACUAAAUAUAGAUCAAUUAAAAGCUAGUGAAUGAGGCUGAGUAUGCCAUGAGGAAUUAUGCAGAUCUAGUGAGGGUUUUAUUCACCUUGGCCGAAAAGAUAGGAAGGAGAGCGAUUGACCCUAGUUCAAGCGACAAUUGCCACCCCACGAAGAGAAUUGUUCGCUAUAAAAAUGUCUCUUAUUAUUGUGCAAAAUGCUGUUUGUUGUUAACUUGCUUACAUACACAUUGCGGACCUAUUUGUAUUGCAGGGCUGCACUGGAACUUGCGAGGCCAACCGGGCCUGCGUGGAGUGCCGUUUGUUUGGCACGGGGGAAUUAGACAAAAACCAGUGUUCAAGAACUUGCAAAGAUUACAGUAUUACUCCAGUAGACAAGCUUACACCUAGUAAGUCAUCUCGUUGACACUUUUCAUGCGAUUCUACGCGCUCAUUUUUUCUGGCGUUUUUACUGAUCUAGUUGUAGAUGACUGCGUCUCGGUCCAUGAAAAGCAAACUAAUAAGACCAGUUGGCCAAUAUAUUGAACUCAGAUAUGAGCAUGUACUAAAAGGAACUGUGUGAAAAUCUUACCAUGCUAUUUUCCAAACUGAUGUAGGCUAAACAAUUUAUUUCUUUCUGUUGUUUUUAUCUGUUAGACAUGGGAAAGCAAUGUCGUUUUCUGGAUGAAGAGGACUGUUACCUGACCUUCGCCUACACGGAAGGACCAGACGAUCAACUCAAGAUUUUUACCCAGAAAAAUAAAGGUCUUUAAGCCAACUUUCAAGAUAAAAAAAUAGUACUGGGGUUUUGGCGGCGUUUGAUUGUUUAAGUGACUGAAAUGAUAAUUCACUCUGUGAAGUUUGAGAGAUCAUUGCACAUGAAUGUCAAGGUUAUUUCUUGUAAGCCUUGUGAGUGACUAAAAAUGCUUUCGUUGCAUUUCCAUUGUAGACUGUCCAUCUGAGAUGAAUGCCAUAGCAGUAAUUGUUAGCGUCAUAGGAGCAGUUUUAGCUGUAGCCUUGGCUUUGUUGCUUAUAUGGAGAGUGUUAGCCACCAUUCAGGUAAGCUUAUAUCACGCACUGUUCGUCCACAUCCUCUGGCUCAGUCGGAUUUGCUUGAAUCAAAUGCACUUCACUGUGAGCUGCCACUAUUAAAUAUAUGAUAAUAAUAAUAAUAUAAUAUAAGUGCGUCUUUGGCUAAUUUAUCUACACCAUCCGUACCAUCUCUACCUGCUACUGACAUUACUUGCCGGAAAGAACAGUUUACCGGUUUCGGGAGUCUCUCUCAAGAACAAGUGCGCAUGUUGAUUAGUAGAGCAGCGGAUAAAUCUUGUCAACUCGACGCCAUUCCCACUCCGAUUGUUCUCAAGUUGCUGGAUGUUCUAUUGCCAGUUAUCACUAAGCUGAUCAACCUCUCUUUUGACACCGGUCGAUUUGCUGAGGCCUGGAAAGAGGCGCUUGUGUUAUUAUCUCUUAAGAAGCCUGGUUUGGACUGUGCGUUCAAAAAUUUCCGUCCAGUCAGUAACCUCUCUUAUAUUUCUAAAUUGUCGGAGAGGGCUGGGGCUGAGCAGUUUAUGGAGCAUCUGACUGCCAACAAUUUACAUUCUCUGCUUCCAUCGGCGUAUAAACAGCAACACAGAGCGGAGACGGCCUUACUUAAAGUUAAGAAUGAUAUUUUGAUGUCUAUGGAUGAGCAACAUGUCACCUUGCUUGUAUGAUUAGAUUUAAGUGCAGCUUUUGACACGAUACAUCAUGAUAAGCUGAUUGGUCGUCUUGAGACUGAUUUGGGAAUAACUGACAAUGUGCUUGCUUGGUUUAAAUCGUAUCUAUCUGACCGGUUCCAGCGUGUCUCUGUAAAUGGUAGUCUCUCAGAUCAGUUUCCUUUUAAACAAGGUGUUCCUCAAGGAUCAUGUUUGGGCCCCUUGCUUUUCACUAUCUACACGCGCAAACUGUUGCAGAUCGUUGAACGCCACCUCCCACAAGUUCACUGCUACGCGGACGAUACACAGUUGUAUGUAUCAUUCAGCCCCAAUCGAUCUGCGAAUGCUGAUUUUGCCAUCAAGUCCAUGACUGACUGUAUCAGUGACAUUAGGGGUUGGAUGAUUUCAGAUAAUCUUAUGUCAAACGAUGAUAAAACAGAAUUUUUAAUUAUAGGUACUAGGCAGCAGCUGGCCAAGGUUAACAUCAAUUGCAUUAGGGUUGGGUCGACUUUUGUUUGUCCUGUAACAGUAGCUAGAAACCUAGGCUCAUGGUUUGAUGAGCAGCUCACUAUGUCAACUCAUAUUAGCAAGUUUUGUGGUGUUGCCUUUUACCAUUUGCAUAAUAUCAAACGCAUUCGCACGUAUUUGUCUCGAGAAUCAACGGAAAUGCUUGUCCAUGCAUUUAUUACAUCUCGUGUUGAUUAUUGUAACAGUCUUUUGUAUGGGCUGCCCAACUACCAGCUUAACAAAUUGCAGAGAGUUUUGAAUGCCUCAGCAAGGCUAGUUUGUAAUGCCCCUAGGUUCUGCCACAUCUCACCCCUUCUUCGUGGUCUGCAUUGGCUUCCUGUUAAAGCCCGGAUAGAAUUUAAGAUACUGCUUAUUACGUUCAAAGCAAUUCACGGCCUUGCUCCUAAAUAUCUAUGCGAUUUACUAACAUUUAAAUCGUAUUUAUAUAACCUUAGAUCUUCAGAUAGUAUUUUACUUUCUAUGCCAGCUGCUCGAUCGAAGACGUUGGGUGAUAGAGCUUUUAUGGUAGCAGCGCCAAGGCUCUGGAACUCUCUUCCAAAAGAACUUCGUGCGAUUACUAAUGUGAACAGUUUUAAGGCGCAUAUUAAGACUUAUCUUUUUAAAACUUUAUAUUGGUGAUCAAUUUUAUAUUCAGUUCUUACUUGCAUGCAUAUAUAUUCUUUUUAUUUUUUAUUUUUUAAUGCAUUAUCUUUUAUUUGUUUCUUUUAAAGUAAUGUAGUUGUAAUGCACAGCCUAUCAUUCUCAUGUUAAGCUGCGCACAAUAAGUUCAUGAAUUAUUAUUAUUAUUAUUAUUAUUAUUAUUAUUAUUAUCAUUAUUAUUAUAACAAUAAUAAAUUAUUAUUAUCAUUACUUUUAUUAUCAUCAUCAUUUCUAAGAACAUUUCUUAAUCAAUGUGCACAUUGAUAAGUGGUAGCUUUACGCUCAUGUCACAAAAUUAAAGUGAGCAUAAAGUUGAAGUCAAAAUUUAGAAUUUAAAAAUUGAUUGUACCCCGUACGUUCUCUAAUUAUAAGACUAGUCUCUGAUUGUCAGCACCAAACAACACAGCAUACUUCUUGUGAGAUGAAUAUUUUAAAGCUUUAAUAAGUUCAAACUCGUGUGGUAUCAAGACUGAUUGAAUACGUUUCACUUUCUUAAGCUUUGAGGAUAAAAUAGUCUUUUCUUUUAUCGCAGAAGUUACACACGAACCCUAUGUCCUUCCAACCAUAAUGAAAAGAAGAUGCUUGUACGAAAGCUUAACAUCAUUUCUACCACUGAACGACCUUUGAAAUCAAAGGAAACUUGAAAAGCCAUUUAAAAGUCGUGCAAACACGAACAGUACCUUUUUUGGAAAUCGCUCUGCCAACGCACAGGCGCCAAGAACAGUGCUUGCAAUUGGCGCCUAAAUGAAGUCCUAAUUGUUGAUUUUUCUAGGAUCGAAGAGCAUUUGCGCAGUUUGAAAAGGAACAAAUGAAUGCAAAGCGUGUUGUGGUAAGUUUCCAGAGAAUUUAUGUAUUUUGUUUUAAAAUGAGUCCAUCAGAUCUCGGUAGAGCAACCUUAACGAACCCUACUGAUUAAACAGAUUUAAAGCAAAGAUUCGCCAAGUGUUUUGAAAACACUCUUUCGUUUUAUAAAGUUAUAUAUUAUUACUAUGGCUGUUUAAAAACAAUUCUGUUAAGAGGAAUUCCAUACCAAAACCAGACAGAAUCACAAUCGAAAUGCGAGUAGGCUGAUACUUGCGUGCGAAAAUAAUUCGUGGCAUUUCAUAUUUUAUGCGGAAUUCGCAGCAGUACCAAAAACUUGUUUUUAUUUCUUCAGUUCUUGUUGAAGUUGUUAUUUUUCUUUAAUUUAUACACUAGGCUGAGAAUCCGAUCUUCAAACCGACAACAACAACAUUUAUGAACCCAAUGUAUGGAGUGAAGACAUGAAGAAAUAUGAAAUGAGUCGUGUUGUGCUGUUAGUCGACAAUUUUAAAAGCUGCGCUGUUGUCGCCAUUUAAUUUCCAUCUCCUCUAAACGUUCGGUUGCGAUAUCCCUUGGGCAGGAACGCUGCCUUGUUUACUGUGAAAGAUUGACAAGGGAGGCCUAGUACUGAAAAGAUACUUCCUCUUAGCUUUAGUGUAUUGUUCACAUUUAAAUUAUUUUAAACACGUUUAAACUGGGAUGUGACUUAUUGAGUGAAAGUUUAAAGCAAGAAUCUAUGAUAUUUCAACAUGUUUAGCGCUAUUUCUCUUUAGCUUCGAUCUUUCGAUUCGGGAUUUGUGUUAUAUGAACGAAGUUAAAGCAUGCCAAGAAAGGGGGGGCCACCACGUUAGCCAACUGAUAAACAGUACAUAGAAUUGGCAAAUGUCAUAUGGUUUUGUUGAUAACUAUGUCUAAGACUUGUCUAAGACCCCAUUUUCAUGGAGAAACGUUGUGCCGGGUUAAAGGGUUUCUCGCCUACCCGAGUUACCCUGGGUUAGCCAAAUUAUCCUACAUUCAGGGUUACCCAACGACUGUUUUCCGUAAAAUAUCUGUUCGGAGAAGGAAAUAUUGCCUAGAGUUUUCCAUUACUUGAAGACUGCCAAAAAUGUCUAGAUGACCGUUUCAUUCAUUUAAUUUACAUCUAUUUACAAUUUUCGAAGCUUGUUUUAUAAAUUCGCUACGAUUUUCUGAAGUUUAAUUUUCACAUUUUACUUCCUAAGUUAGUCUAUUUUUUCGUAGAAAAAAGGGGUCCUAAAAUUUUCGGAUGUAAAAAUGAUGACGAUAGGCGAGAGGAAUCAGAAAAUGUCUCAAUUUCGUAAUACGUCUGAAUUUCAUCAAAAAGUUUCCGAAAAAUAAUACUCAAGCCCUUGUCAUUUCGAAAAGACUGACGUUCCCCUAGGAUGACCGAACAGAUACAAAUUUUAUAGCGCCGAUUAGAAUGCAUUUCUAGAUGUCUUAAAGUUCUGUGGAUAGCCUAAAAAGUGUUUUCCAUGUAUUUAGGAGGAAACCAUCGUUGGUUGCUCCUGUACAUUUCCUAACAAAACGUGCUGAGCCGUUUACAUGUAAAUGAAACGUUGACUCGGCGAGAAGGAUGGCCCAGGAGUCACCUCUAUAAACUAAGGCCUGUCAAACAGUUCGCUAUAAAGACUUCAAGGCUGCACUUUCCAUGGAUCCAAACAGGUUUCUUUAGUUAUACAAGCUUUAGACACUUUAAAGCACGAUACAAAUGUAAUUGUGGAUGGAGGGCGGAGCAGUUUGUGAAAACCCCUGCGCAAAAGAGCGGGGAUUGUCGUUAAAAAAUUGAAAGGUUGGGGCGCAGUUCAGAAGGAAUUGAAAAAUUUUUCAUUGCUCA